UGGUGUCACCUGGUCAGCACAGUUCUGUCCUGUAGUCUAUUAAAUUCUGGCAGUUAUGCAACAGGCGCGCUUAAGUUGUAAUUGCGAUAUUUCCGACAGCAUAUGAAGGCAGCAACCCCAGUACCAGGAAGACGAACAGGUCCUGAAACGUCUGGACAAUCCACGGGUUUUCCCCCCACACCUUGUUGACUCACUCCCAAUAUAGUAGCGGGAGGAAGGGGCCACGAAAGGAGGAAAUCCGUUCAUCCCAGGCAACAGCCCCAGCAUCUGUUUACCAGAAUGGACAGCCAAGAGGUGGGGGAUUUACUGGAGGAGUGUCUGAGAGCAGUGGCGGCCGCUCCACGGUCCACCCAGCCUGCAGAGGCAGAGAAGCUGAGCUGCCUCAGCUGCAGAGACUCGCUGUGUGCAGAGCUGGCCUCUCUCCUGCAGGAGGCAAUGGAAAUGAAGUGGCCCUUUGUGCCGGAGAAGUGGCAGUACAAGCAGUCAGUCAGUGCCAGCGACAAGACCAACCUCAGUGACCUCAUCAGCAAGCACCUAUCCCAGCUGCUGGCUGUUCUUAAAGCUUCCAUCGUGGCUCAGGAGGCACGCUCGGCACUGGCGGUGGUCUUCUUAGUCGACCGCUUCCUGUACUGGAAGGACGAGUCCAGCCGGCUGCUGAAGAUCACCAAGCUGCUCCACAGACGCCACCCUGACACCCCUGUGGCCCCCCAGCUGGUCAUACGUCAGGCCAGAGUCUACCUUAAUUCCGGCAAACUCCAGAAGGCAGAAUACAUACUGAGCAGUCUCAUUAACAGCAGUGGGGCCACAGGUUGUUGGGUGUACCACUCUGAAAGCGACAGGGCCCUCGUGCAGGCCGUCAGUGUCCAAGUGCGCGGAAUGGUUUUGCAGAAGCUGGGCCUGUGGCUACAGGCUGCAGAGUUAAUCUGGGCCUCCCUGGUUGGCUACUAUGCACUUCCUCAGCCUGAUAAAAAGGGCAUUGGAACCUCUCUGGGCAUACUGGCCAACAUAUUGGUGUCUAUGAAUGAUGAGGACUUUCACGCUUUUAGGACUAAUCCAGAUAUUGAUUUGUCUUUACUCGGGGACAGGAGUCACCGUCUUCUUUCAGCAGCCCAGGCAGCAAAGAUGGCGGUUGUAUACAGCCAGUACACUUCCCUCUACGUGCUGACCAAUGUGGCGACUCAGGGGACGUGCUUGUUAUCGUACAGUUUCUCAGCGGGGUGCCCCGCCACUCAAAGGCAGCACUUCCUCCUGCAGGCCAGAGAGGCGUUUGCAAUCGGCCUGCUCACCAAAGCAGAGGGCGAGUCGGUCACCAGCAAGCAGGAGCUUCACACCUUCCUCAAGGCUGCCUAUUCCCUCGCUGUCGCUCACAAAUGGCUCGGCGCUCCUCAGGAGGCCGUGGCGCAGGCAACUCAAGCUUGCCAAAAAGCGUUGGCGAAUUUCUACCAGUAUGAUGCGGACACCCAUGACAGGGACAGCCUCUGCGCUGAAAUCAUGCACCUGCUCACCCGAGUCAAGCUCUUGCUGCAGGUGGUGCCUUUCCCUAAUUCAGACAAGGGGUCUUUUAUCCCUGACAGCUACAGAAAUAUCGAAGACCCAUCGGUAAACUUCACCCUGGAAGGUUUCGCCAAGGUGAUGCAGAGAUUCCAAAAGUAUCACGCGUCGUUCUGUGAGGCAACCGGCACCAACUGUAAGGGCACAAAAGACGAGAUGGAUGGGGCAAGGCUUUGUAUAACCGCACUCGGGACCACCAUCGGUACGCUCCACACGGAGUGCAGCACUGAGGCUUGCAAAGUGUCCAAAGGUGCACCCAAAGGAGAGGAAGCACAGCAGAAAGGUUUGAAGUCGUCUGCUGUGCACCCACCUCAAAAGUCUGACCUGUGUACCACUCUAGAAAGCACAGACAACCUUGGCUCAUCUUGGCAGAACGUCUCCUUGAGUGGUUCGGUGUCUCCCAGGCCCAGCAGCAGCGGCUACACGGGAAAUAUGGCCGUGGAACAUGGAGCAAUCAACCAGAACUGUCUGACCACUGAGGUAGAUGAUGAUAGGCCAGACAGCAUGACACAGUCUGCUAACAAAAACAAGAAGUGGAACUUGCAAGGACCUGAUUUUGGUGUCAAUUCCCAUACCUCCCAGACAUCUGCAAUACCUGCCGCUUCCUCCUCCAGUGCGAGUAUUGAUUUGCAGAAGUUCGAAGUGAUACAAGCUGGAAUAGAGACGGAGAUGGGAACUGAGGAGGAGUGGGUGACUGAUGACGUUGCUGUGCCGCUGAAACCAUCGGCAGCUGAAGGAGCGGCGCAAUCCUUGUCCCAGCUAGCUCUCAAAAUAUCCUCAAGCUCCCUCAGUGACAGUUUCGGUUCCCAGUCCUCCUGGGGGAAAAUCUCCGCUGACCUCACAUCCCCCACAAGCAGAAAACCACAGAGAAACAGCCCGUUUAAAGCAGGAACUGGAAUCCAAAGCGGCACGUCGACCGAGUCUGAUGAAAGCUUCUUCCUCAUGGAAACGCUUGAUACUGAAAGCAGCGAAUCAGCUGAUGGUCCCACACACAAAAUCCAAACGCCUGGAUCGCAAUUCAGAGCCUCGUCAAAGCCACGACCUCUGGAGAGCCUUCAUGUUGAUCCGAAUAUGGGCACAGAACUCGACUCAGUGUCUGUGAAACCCGCCUCCAAGAGCGUUUCCCACUUUGUCCCAGAACAGUGUGCUUCCACUGAAACCUCCACCAAGAGUUCAUUUGAGAUGCUGGAGAGCGGACACCAACUCGGCGAAGUCACUUCGACGGAGAAAGUCAACGUCCCUCAGGAGAGGAACCCGUUGUGCUACAGCUGCCUGCAGCAGAGCUUUUUAGCUGGUGUCGUCCCUGAGAAACAGUAUUUGCUGUCACAGCAGGACUACCAAGCCUUACUAGCUGGAGUUUGCCAUAAGUGUCUGCUGAGGAGACUGCAAAGUGAUGAGAAACAAUUCAAACUCAGAAAGCACAGCACUGCCUACAGUGCCCUUCACUUGAAGUUCUCAAAGGUCACAGGGCUGUGGACAGCCAGGGAGACCUGCGUUUACAUUGGCGAGCCGAUGGGGAUGCAGGGCAAGCAGAGAAAGGCGAUAUGGGUACUGUUUUUACAUCAGGAGGAAAGGUUGAGCAGCUAUGUGGGGAAAGAUUACUUGGAGCCGAAGGAGAUCCAGUUUCACCUGAAAGAUGUGGAGAGACAGAUGACAGCCCAGUACUACGUGACCGAAUUCAACAAGCGGCUUUACGACAGGGAAGUCAUGGCUCAGAUCUUCUUCAUUCCCUCGGAAGCUCUACUGAUUUUGAAUGGAAAUGAGAUCGUGGGCUGUGUAACAGUGGAGCCCUACAUGCUUGGAGACUUUGUCAAACUGACCAACAACACUGGAAAGAAGGACAAGAGUUUCCAGGCUACAGACUACGGCCUUGCCUUUGGACACUUCACCUACCUGUUGUCUGGCCGGGAAGAGGUCGUCGUUGACCUACAAGGGUGGGUGACAGCCAAUGGCAAAGGUCUGACCUACCUCACUGACCCCCAGAUUCACUCCACCAAGACUCCCAAAGGCCCCUCCAAUUUCGCCGCCAAAGGCCUAAGGUUAUUUUUUGAGGAGCAACACGGGCCAGAGUGCAAUAGCAUUUGCCAGCUGCUCAAACUAGAACCAGUGGGUAGACAGACACACGCUCUGCCCACUUGAAACCUUUGAGGAGAUGCCUAUUUUCAGUUUUUUUGAUUAUGAAAAUUGGAUGUUGAAAAUAAAGUGAAAGAUGUAUAAAUGUUAUUUCUGCUUAUGCAGGUUUCUAAAAAUGAACAUAUUUUAGCCUAAAUGCCUGAAUCAUUGUUUUGUUAUUAUCUACACACUAUGUCUUUGAAGUACUUCUUGUGUAAACUCAGCAGUACAGCGUUCACAAAUGGUAGCUGAUGGUUGUAUGAAAAAAAAAAUAUAUAUAUAUAUAUAUAUAGAGAAAAAAAAGAUGAAAUCAACAAAAUCAUGUGUAGAGUUUAUAGCUACAUUAUAUCUCUGGUGCUUAAUAUUAAAAUGAUGAACUUGGAUGAAAUAAUAUCUUUUCCACAGCUUUUUCUCAAAAGAAAUUAUGUCAUUCCUGAAAAACGAACUUUGUGUGACUAAAAGAGUUGCGAGCUAAACUGUAUGUGAGUUGCCUACUGCAAUUAAAAUAAUCAAAUACUUAA